CAGGGGUUGGUCAUAUGUUAGUGGAUAUAUUCUGAAAUAUGAGAAACCCAAAUAAAUCUCGGUUUUGGUGUCGUACAUCAGUCUCUUGAUGGACCCAUGUAAUACAAAAUAAACGGCCUCACUGUCUGUAUUAGGCAUUGCGCCCCACAAAUUCGGAAAUGGAGCUCCGUGUGGGGAACAAAUACAGACUAGGCCGUAAAAUAGGCAGCGGAUCGUUUGGAGAUAUAUAUUUAGGGACGAAUAUAUCAACUGGUGAGGAAGUUGCAAUUAAAUUAGAAAGUAUUAGGACUAGACACCCGCAGUUACAUAUUGAGUCGAAGUUCUACAAGUUGAUGCAAGGUGGAGUUGGCAUACCAUCCAUCAAAUGGUGCGGUUCAGAAGGAGAUUAUAAUGUUAUGGUGAUGGAGCUCUUGGGUCCAUCUUUAGAAGAUCUCUUUAAUUUUUGUUCACGUCGAUUUUCGCUGAAGACUGUUCUCUUACUGGCUGAUCAACUGGUUUCUCGAAUAGACUACAUUCACAGUCGGAACUUCAUACAUCGAGACAUAAAACCUGACAAUUUCCUCAUGGGGUUGGGCAAGAAAGGAAAUCUAGUUUAUAUAAUUGACUUUGGUUUAGCCAAGAAAUAUCGUGAUGGACGCUCUCAUCAACAUAUCCCGUAUCGAGAGAACAAGAAUUUGACUGGUACUGCACGAUAUGCCAGCAUCAACACUCAUCUUGGCAUAGAACAAAGCCGUAGAGACGAUUUAGAAUCACUGGGGUAUGUUCUCAUGUACUUCAACAGGGGGUCGCUGCCUUGGCAGGGGCUGAAAGCUGCUAAUAAACGACAGAAAUAUGAGCGAAUCAGUGAAAAGAAAAUGUCAACUUCCAUUGAUGAGCUCUGCAAAGGUUAUCCAGCCGAAUUCCAUGCCUACCUAAACUACUGUCGCUCAUUACGGUUUGAAGAGCGGCCUGACUAUUCUUACCUUCGUCAGCUAUUUCGGACACUCUUUCAUCGUCAGGGCUUCACGUACGACUAUGUGUUUGACUGGAACAUGCUGAAAUUUGGAGGAUCUAGACAUGGAGGACCAGAAGAACAGCAACGUGAGCGACGUUUUACAUCGAGAACAGCUCAAGGUGCUACAGGUCCUGCUGUAUGUACAGGGGCUGCAGCAGGAGUUGGUGCUACUAGCCGUCGCACUCAGACACCAUUCGAUACAGUCAAUACUCCCCCUGGCAAUGCUCCUCCAGUUACCACAGCAAAUCCUACAACUGCAUCUCCCCGAGGGCGUGCUGGUGAGGUACAGGAAAGAAGAGUUAGUAUGCGGUUACAUAGAAGUGCCACCGGUGGAGCACCAAAUGUUUCCACAUCAGACCUGACAAAUACACGCAAUCCUGAUGUGUCUAAGCAGACCAAGAAGCGCCAACGUGGCUCAGAUGGCUCCACCAGUGCCAACGGGGCUGAGCCCCGGGGGAGGAGGGGCCGCAGGGGGGGGAGGAGGCUCUGCUCAUAGAGGGAGCUUGUCCAAGGAUAGCAUCGUGCGACAUACCAAGAAAUGAAAGAUUGGUGUUAUUGAUACUAAAACUGUGAUCAAAAAGCCAUUGUAUUGAGUCAAACAGUUGUCUGCUCCCUCAAUAAAUGCUUUGAUUAUUCAGUAUGACAGUCUGAACUGAAAGGUAUGAAUUCCUCUCAUGGGGUUUGGGAGCAUAUGCUGGAGGCGGAUGUGUUGGAAGUUGAGCCUGUGAGUACAAGCAGCUCUCAGUUGUGUUGCCUAUGUGAUGUCUGUGAAGUUUGAUAACUAUCAUCUGGAGGAAUAUUACAUCAAUAUGUGCACUGUGUUGGUAAAAAAACUGAUUAAAUCAACAGAAUUAUUAGUAAAAAGAUUACUGGAAAAAUACCCACUUUGGGUGAAGGUUGUCUACAAGAAAUAUGUUUAAAAAGACUUUAAAAAAAAUUACCCACCUUGCAUUUUAUAAGAAACAUGCCUUUGUAAUUUUAAAUGUGAAUUUUGGCAAAAUCAAUUGUGUAUUGCAAUUUCUGCGAGAGAAUGGAGCUGUUGUGUAAGGAGAAUGAGUCUGCUGUCAGAACAUAUCUCUCUCUCUCUCUCUCUCUCUCUCUCUCUCUCUCUCUCUCUCUCUCUCUCAUGAGCGAUUAUGUGCCUGCGUGUGUAAAGAGUGGUGUCUGUGUGUGUGUGUGUGUGUCCAAAGUUGUCUUAUGUUUUGUUUCAUACACACAUGAAGCAGCUGAUAUCUCAUACAGAAAUGAAAUAUGGUUUAAUGUUUUUAUAUAGAGAUAUUUUAUUCUUUAAUUAAACUAGUCAUUCACUCCCUUCAUGUUAUUUGACUUCUGUGCAGCAGAGAGAAAUUUAAUGAGCCAGGCUGUCUGUGGUUUUCUGUGGCUGACAUCUAAAUAACAGAAUUUUUGUAAUGUGAUUUCCACUAGUUCUUGUUGUUCAGAAGCACCAGAAAACAAAGAAACCAUCUUUUUUCCAGUUACCUAGAGUCAGACACAUGGACAUAGCGAUAUUGAAAUAUAAUUCCUAAUUUUUAUUUAUAUUCUAGAGAUUGUGUCUUGUUUAAUUGUUUAUAAAAAAUUUUGUAUGUGAUAUAUUUUAAUUAAUGUUCUACACAAUUAUUUUGUAUUUUUGCAUUGCAGAAGCAAUGUUCAUAACAUUUCCUAGCACCAGUUCUGUGUUUUAAGUUACAGAGAAAAUUUUGUAUACUAGAAUAGUUAUCCGUGUAUUUAAUGAUGUGAACCUUCCCCUUGCUCUUAGGUAUUAUUGCCUUUGCUACAAAAAUUACAGUUCAAUUGCCUGUAACAGAUGGAAUGUAUUUAUCCAAGCUAUUUUCAGAAUUGCUUAUUAUAAGGAACAAUAACAAUUUUGCACUAACUACAUUGUAAGACUGAUUCCUGAUACAGUGGUGUUGUUGUAGAAAUUUGGUUUUAAUAAUGGAAAAUUGUUUGAAUAGGUGUGUAUAUAAAUUAAAAUUUGUAUGUAUUGUGUGCUUUGUAAAUUGUUCAUGUUAUAUGUAUUGCCUUCGAGAACAUAGAAAAUGCUAGCUAUAUCAUUUAGACAGUGUGGUUGUUGGACGUUGAAAAAUAAUUCUGCAAAAAGAACUUCUUAGGUUAUUCCCUUAUUUACAAAAUAAAUUCGGCAACCAAUCAUUUAAAAACUGUUGUGAGAACAGUUUCAGAUUUAAAUGUCCCGUGUGUGUGUGUGUGUGUGUGUGUGUGUGUGUGUGUGUGUGUGUGCGUGCGCGCGCACAUUUGUGCGCACUCUGUUAUAAUACAUUUUCGGUGUGGCCUGCAGAUAUUUCUUUUUCCUCCAAAUAGAAAAGGAGUACUAGAACUAUGCACUAAAAUUAAUUUGGUUCCAAACUGGAGCCUGGUGAUUCUGACUUGACAUUUACACAAUAACCUUUAGAUUCUGACCAAAGACUUCAUUCCUUAGAGAACAGAGAAUUUAAAAUACGGCACCCUUCAUUUACAUACAUGUGUAUUGUGUGGAGCCUGUGGUUUUGUAAAAAUUUCAUUAUGUUUAACACUGUCAAAAAUGGUAACUAGUCCCUCAUAUUUCAUAAAGUGUAUUGACUCAUUCUGUGUAUGGGAACAAGCUACUCUGGCUGUUUAAUACUUCUGGUUUUUUUUGUGGAAGCUCGAGCCCUUGGAAGUGGAAUGUGCUGUAUUAUCACCUGUAUGCAAAGGUGUUCGCGACAGGGGCACUUGCACUCCCCCCUUCCCUCCUCGAAUCUGGGAUACAGAGUUUUUACUCAUAUAUUGAGUGGAUACCCAAUUCUCUGGGAUAGAAUAAGGUUUGUGUAUCACCUAUAAAAUUUGAUUCUUAUGGCAUGAUAUCUCAAAACUGACCACCUCAUUUAUAAAAGAAAUGCUGAUUUUUAGAGUCUGCUUGUAAAAAUUUCAGUGAAUACCCAUGUCUGUAAGUGACUGAUACGGACAUUUCAUCACACAUUAAGAGAGAUGUUUAUAUUUAAGUUACACUGAAGCAAGCAAUGAGUCAAAAAUUGUGUAUUUGCGUAGCUAAAUCUGUGCAAUUGCUUGUUAGUUUUCCAGUGUCAAAAGUUGUUACACUUCAGCAUCUCAUUACAUUUUCAUAAAGAAAUAAGAUUGAAAUGCCUCAUGCACUUCUGUUAGUUAUAAAAGGAAUUUAAAUUUUCCUUCAAUAGGACAGUAUCUAUUAUGAAAGAGAAAAUUUGGCAGAAAAGUGAGAACUUAUGAGACAGGCAAUAAACUACACAGACUGUUGAAGAAAGAUCCCUCAGUCUUAUUUGAUGUUUCACUUUGCAGCUUUUUAAGAACUGCAGCAUUUUCUUAGAAUGUAUUCUGCCUACCCAGUCAUCACCAUCAAAAUCUCUUAAAUGUAUUCGGAGUUACAACUGCAGCAGAAUCUUGCAACAGUUAUAAUUAAAAUCACAUUACUCUCUCUCAUGACUAAUUUCUUGGUCUAUACUUCUUUACCAUCGAAAUUAUUUCUCAGAUUUUAUCAGUAUUUUAUAUCAGUAUGGUGUUUAUUGGUCUGUUUUCAGCUGCCAUUUAAGAAUAAAUAAAAUUCUUUCAGUCAUCUUCACUGCAAUACUUUCUUCUGCAUAUCUUUUACGAUGCAGUGUUCUUGAAAUCGUUGAUAAUUACAUUAAUAUAAUGAAAUAUCUGGUAUGUUAACUUAAUUUAACGUAUUGAAUAUGUAAUUUCUAAUUACUUGUGACCUCCUCCUUCUAUGCCAAAAAAUAAAAUGUUGGCUAUUGAUCUUUUUCCUGAAAUUUUUGUAAGUUGUUGUAAACUGCUUAUUUCUGUUAUGUUGGUGGUAAAAAUACUGAAAUCCAGUUGAUACUAGUGAUGUCUAUUGAGACAGCUGUUUGACUGCAAUUUGACACAGAUUAUUUGUUCAGCACAUAAUUGUAGAAAAAUAUCUUUUUGCCCAAUUAGAUAAUUCUGUGUACCUGCCACUGUUUACAACAGUGAAUGGAUCAUGCAGCCCACAUGUGGCAUUUCAUCACAUGUACCAUUUUUAAGAGAGUUAUAGGUCUUUAAGCAAGAAAUGAUAGUGAACACACUCACAGCUAAACAUAUGGCUUUUUGACUUCGCUUUGAGAUUUUUUUAAAGUCUACUAGUCAGUAUAAAGUGCACUCACUUCAGUGAGAAAUAUCUCCAACUUAUUGCUUUAAAAUUAUGAUUUUCAUAAAUUGUGAGCAAACAAUUUUCAUCUUUCUGCAGACUCCACCUAAAAUUCCCACUUAGUUAUCAAAUAUUCAUUUGCUCAAGUCAUUAAUAUUCAAAACACCUAACUGAUGAUUAAACAUAAUGUUAAAGUGGAUGUCUGUAAUUGUCUGAUUUUUUUGGGGUUUGGUAGCGUGUUUUUUGGGUGUCUAGUCAGAUUUAUAUAAAGUUGAAUCAUCAGCUUGACUGGAUACCCAAAAGUGUUUUGCCUGUUAACUCAUAUUGACAUUCAUUAUUUAGAUCAGGGGUAGUCAACUCUGUUUACCUACUGCCAACUUCUGUAUCUCUAUUGAUUGUAAAAUUUUCUAGCUGCCCACCACUUCGACAGUAAUGUUGAUUUAUGUAAUAGACAAGUAACGUUAUUUUGUAAGAUUUAUAAAGCAGAGUUAAAGCAUGUAACCUAAUGAAAAUGUUUUUAAAAAUCAUGCCACCCAUCAUGAAAGCUGUAACGCCCACUAGUGGAUGGUAGAGACUAGGUUGACUACCACUGAGUUAGACAGUACUGUGCAAAGACUGUCACAGUAGAAGUAAUCUAUUAUUAUUUUCCUCUGUCCAUGUAAGUAGUACUGUACAAUAACUCCAAUUCUGGACUGGUUUGCAACAAAUGUUGUCAACAGUAGUUUUAUUUGGAUAAUUUCAUGUUAAAAAAAGGGUUUCAAAAAUCAUUGUAUUAAAAUGCAUACAUGGGAAUUUCAGCACUGCUGUAUCAGUGGUACGUUUUGUAGUAAUAUCACCUGAUAAAUACAGGCAGAUGAAUGUUAGGUAACAGUUUACAGUUCAAUUUGAAAUCAAAACUAGGUACAAACUUCAUAUUCUUCACAUGUAAGAUUAAUUUUUUGGAAGUGGAAAUUUGUCCUACUGAGGUCAUGUUUAAUGAGAAUAAAAAAUAAUCUCCCAUGCCAUGGCUGUUAGCCAUAAAUUCAGUGCACGUUCUAAGGUAUUCAGAUUAGUGAAUUAAAGAUGACAACUCUUCAAUGUAAUCACUGGCCUUCAUAUAUAAAUGCCUUCAUUGCAAUAAUGAGCUGCCUAAAAAUUGGUGCAUCAGUAGUAUAUAUAUCCCAGAGCAUUAGUCACUGAUUCAUAGAAUUUUAAAGUGACAUGUAGCAUCAAGAACAUCACCAGAUGUCUUACUCUGAUUUCAACUAGAGGCUUUUGAAACCACAGCUAAACAUUUUACUGUUUUUGCCACUUACGAGAAACUUGUUGUCAGUGAUCAGUCUGGUCACAGUUUAUUCAAUCAUCUUACAAACUGAUGCUGAACAUUAACUGGAAGUGCUGAGAUGUUUGAGUGACACGGCCCCAUAAAGAAGAAGAGAGAUUUAAUAGUUGCACCUGAUUAAUGUGGUUUGGAAUGAGUUAAAGUACUGAAUUUCCUCACACAUAAAAGGAAAUUGCCCUUGCCUAUCAAAAUGAUUUUGAUGAAAACAUAAAUACAAUCUUAGGUUGGAAUAUAGUGACCCAACAUGAAUAAAAUAUCUGUGUGACUGCUGAUUAACAUAGUCAGUUUCAGGUACAUAUGUAGCUUAAUGUGAGAAUGUCAAGCAAAUGUGUGAGAGUUUUAUAAUUUUUAAGUACAGUAUUUAAUUAACUGUUCUUCAGCUGAAAAAAGACAAACUUUUGCACUGACAACUGACUGUCAGACAAAAGACAAAGCUUUUGAGAAAAUUGAUUCAUAUGUUCUUAAGCAUCUUCUUAACAAAAAUAUUACCCCAAAUUUGCUGAUGUUACUAUCCUUUUCAGUUACUGGGCAAGGUAAGAGUAGCUUCUAAGCUGGACAUCAUUCUCAGCUAAAAACUUUUACUGCUACAGAUGUCACCUCUGCAUUCCAUGCUGAGGGCAAAUUUUGUUAUGACUGUACUUUUCGCCAAAUGCUGUGCCUGUGGUGAGAGAUGACCUUCCAACCAGUAUGAAAUACUCAUCAGAUUUUGCAAGGACUAUCAGGUGAAAAAAAAUUGAUUUUUGCACAUCUUUCAGUCUGAUAUCUUCACUUGAUAAAGAUCUGUGUUGCUCUUCGUUAUACGUCAUGCUUACUGCAAUGCAUCAAAUUAAGUAAAACAUUGAAUGACAUUUUAAAGAGCUUGCAGAGGUAAAAACACAUUGUGUAUGGUUGACUUUACUCAUACGGUUGCACUGAAUGAAAUGUAGACAAGAUAUUGAAAUUCUGUGUAAAAUUGAGAGCAGAAUGAUCUCACUUUGUUCUAGACUUAUUAGGUUUUGUAUCUGACAGACAGUCAUGUGCCACACGCCCAUUGACAUCCUUCCGCACCAUGAAUCAUGUUGUCAUAAUUCUCAUACCUCGUAAAUGAGACAUGUAUGUUGUAUGUUAAAUACAUGCAACUUUUUUAUUCACUGAGGAAGUAGCUCGUCCAGAGCACUGAGAAAUUGGUGACUCGGGACGCAUACAGAUGUCCAUAGCGCUGUAGGGAAACCAAGUGACACGUGUGUACAUGUCCACAGCACCUCGAUGAACAACGUAGCAGGACAUGUAAGCAUAUCCACAACAGUGAAAGGGUCGAAAACCUUCAUUUGUGCAUGUGAGAGAGCAUACUAAAAACUAAAGUUGUAAGAUUUAAGGCUCACAAAAAGCCCUCUCCAGAUACAUAGGGAAAUAAAACUGUUUCAUUUUGUGUAGAUGGGCUAGAUAUCUUGACAGGAAAUCUGUUGAAUAGUUAAUUUAGUUUCUAUAUCAUGGUUUGGGAUUUUAAUGGAAAACUCUAUGAACAUAGACUGAAAUAUAAGAUAGAACUUUGAUAUCCAAGUACAAUCAUAUGCAGUGCCUCUCAGGGCAGUUCUGAUUAUUCUUUCAUGUUUUCGCAUUUCAGUGAAAUGUUAUCACCUUUAAAUGGCAGAUGACUAUAAGCGUGCGUGAGAGGGAGAGAUUCAGUUAUAAAGUUGCUCCAUGUAUGCAUUUGCUGGGUCUUUCACUGAUUGGUCUGUAAAAUAAUGACCAUGUUUUAAUAUUAUGAAAAGUAUGGAUUGCUACUCACAUAUGUCAAAGGCGCUGAGUUGCAGAUAGGCACAAUACAAGACCGUCAAACAAGUAAACUUGCGGCCAAAAAGACCUUCAUGAGAAUUGGACCUACCCAUGCACGUACACGUGUGCAUGCACAAACACAACUCACACACGCAUGACCACAGUCAUGCAAGGCUAGCCAGAGAGAGAGAGAGAGAGGGAGUGUGUGUGUGUGUUUGUGUUUGUGUGUGUGUGUGUGUGUGUGUGUGUGUGUGUGUGUGUGUGUGUGUGUUCCAAAGGAGACCUUUUUAUCAGAAAGC